AUGGCUAACAUUGCAGAGUUGUUGGUUGGAAAAUGCAAGGAGUUGCAGGCUUCAUUUGAGUUUGACAAAGAAGCCCUGAUAGCAGCACAGGAGAAAACUUACAAUGAUGUCCGCCAGAUGCGAGGGUAUACCCAAGUGGGGUUUACGAUGCGGAAACCGUCCGAGCAAUUGAGGCUGUCAGUUCCACUGAAAGGUCUGCGCACCAUUCCAGCAAGGGAGCUCCAAAUUGAUAAGCAUCAUAAAGGCCGUGUUCUCUUUGGAACGUUGUGUGCUGAUGCGCACAGGAUGGUGGGCAUUAUGACCGUCUUGGAAGACCAGUAUGGAGAUGCUGUUCGACUUGCAAUAUACAAUGCUUCCCUUCCCACAGUGGAAAUCGAAGCUCCCCGCAAGCGUUAUCCCAAAGGAUCCAAGGUUGCAGUCAAACAGCCUUACUUCAAGCAAGGUGCCCAAGAUGGUGUGCUUAUGCUCCGCGUUGACAAUCCCCAAGAUGUCGAGAUUUUGUCUUCCUUCCCAGGAAUUAAAAAUGCAGACACUUAUUUGGCUAAGGAUUUGGUCGAAUUGCGGAGUGAAGGCAACAAAUACUUCCGCGAUGGGUAUUGGAAUAGGGCAAUUGACUGUUAUUCCAGAUGCAUAGAUUUGGCUCUCUCGCGCGAUAAAAUUGAGCCCCAAGUCCGCUCUGCUUCUCACAUCCAGGAGAAAGUAAAGGAGGCUCUUUUGUAUUCCUAUUCUAAUAGGGCAGAGGCAAAGUUGAGGUUGAAGGAGUACGGGGAUGCUGUAGAAGACUGUGACAAGGCAUUAGCUCUUGAUCAGCACCACCUCAAAUCCUUGUUUCGCAAAGGCCGUGCUUUACAUUAUCUCAGAGAAUAUGAGUUAGCUUGCCGAUGCUUUGAAAGAGCUCUGGAGGAGGCUCCAACUGCCAACGACAUCCAGUUGCACUAUGAAAAGUCAAAGGAACUCAACUAUCAGAACAAGCAAGGUAAGUUUGAUCUCUCUUCCUAUUUCACCAACGGUUGUAACGGGGCUGAGUUGAGCAAUUAUAUUGGUCCAGUGGUGAUUAAAAAAUCAGUAGGGCGCGGCAGAGGAUUGUUUGCUACUGAUAAUGCAGAUAUUGGAGAUUUUCUGCUCGUGGAAAAUGCCAUUGCAUGCAGGAGCACCGAGACAACAGGAUUGAAAGGAAGCCUGGAGAAAGUCAUGCCCUGUAUGAUAAAAGAGAAGACAAAACUUGGUCAUCUUAUACGGGAUUUAGAGGCUGAAAUCAUUUCCUGUGCAGCGUCAUCUCCUAGGAUAAUGCAGCAGCUAGAGUACCUUGCUGAUUCAGAUGAAAUGAAGGUGCCACCCAUGGAUCUGUUCCGGAUAAAUAAUGCCAGCUGGAAUAACUUCGAUGCUCGCAAGAAAAAAUGGAAGCUAGACCAGCGUAAACUCGCAAAGAUAAUGCUAAGCGUGGGGUGCCAAAUACAAAAUAUUGAAUCAAGUAGUGACAUGUCAAGGCAAAGUGAGAAAUAUGGUUUGUGGGUACUUGCCUCUUUCAUUAAUCAUUCCUGUAUUCCCAAUGCCAAUUGCAUUGUUGUGGAAGAAGCCAUGUUUAUAAUAACAGGAAGAAGAAUAAGUGCUGGAGAAGAAAUAACAAUCCCUUACUUCGACACUCUUGAACCAUUGUUCAGACGAGAAUUUGUAUUCUUGAGGAUGGGAUUUAAGUGUGAUUGUAAGCGGUGUAUAUUAGAAAGAUCGUUAGUAACAGCCGAAGAAUCACCAUUGCAGGAAAUCGCUGAAAUAGUUGACUCCAUGGACUCCACCAUGCUCACUAAUUUUGAGAUGUGGAAAAUUGCUAUGGUAUUGGAAAACAGCAUAGAUGUUCUGACAACUGAAGAAAAGCAUAUGAUGAGAACCUCUUUUUUUUGGCUCUAUUACAAUAUUUUUGGGUUACAGACCGCUCAUCCUUGUGUAAUGGCAACUUUGCCUUCGCUAAGGGAAGUAUUCGAUGGCAUCGAAGAGGUUGUUCCAGGGAAUUUUAUGUGCUUUGGACUAUUUGCGAGGUUUCCUGUUUACGCCAUGAAUGAAGAUGAAACAGACAAAGUUCUUUUGAAGAAGGCAUUGGAAGUAUGUACAACGUAUAUGGGAAAGCACGAAGAAGGGCUUCUAAAAGCUGUGUUAAACUCUGUUGCAACAGGCGUCUUCGAACCGGGUUCGACUCUCUUCGGCUUAAGUGGGGUCAACAGCUAA